CAGCUACAGUUAUUAAUUUCUGUCCCUGGUGAUGAUGAAUUAAUUAUUCUCUCUCUCUCAGAAAAAAUUGUCAUUGUCGCCUACGUGUCAUGUAUGCUUUUCCCUGCCCUGAGUCCCCUCACUAAGCUCAUUUUCACUUCUUUUCCUGGAAUUACACUGAUAAAAUUAAUAUUAUGCAUCCAUAAGUGUGUCCAAAAUCUCUUCCUCUUGGUACCUUGAAAACAAUGAAAGCUUUAUUUUGCUCCCUGGUACAUCAUGGGUCAAUGCAUCUCUACACCUGUCCCUGGUGACUCUGUCGGUUUAAAUGCCCAUCCUUCCUUGUCCAUCAAACCCCUAGCAGACAUCUUGGGUUCACUGGAUGCAUUCCCGAAUGCCGGUUGUAUUCUGCAUCCCAUACCCAGUCACAAAUGCUCUUUAACCACUGCCCGAACAGGCUAUCGCGGUCCCACACCUGACUUAAUCUGCAGGAUCCAGCAAGGACGGACGGAUCUUUGGACGUGUGCUGAUGAGGACUGUGGGGAAAUGUCAAGAUGGGAGGACCUGGUGCCAGGAGGUGCCUGGCUGCUGAGCAGAGCUGAGGAGCAGCCUCCUGUGGAAGAGUCUGCAGACAUGGAGCCAGCGCAGACUUCCCCAGGGAGUUUGGGUGAGAUGGACUCCCUGAGACCUGAGAAGGAGCGAUGCUACGAGAGUCAGGGGAGGCCCCAAAAGAAGAAGCAGAAGGAAAAGGACCGGUGCAUCCCCCGAGGGAGGAACACUCACCACUGCACUGAGUGCCGCAAGAAUUUCAUCUGCUUGCAAGACCUGUCCCAGCAUGAGUGUGCGCGACACCACUGCACCAAGUGUGGGAAGAGAUUCAGGCAGCUCUCCAAACUGGCAAGGCACUCGUGCAUGCAAACAAAGGAGAAGCCCCAUCAGUGCUCAGAGUGUGGGAAGAGCUUCACUCGCUCCUCCAGCCUGGCUGAGCACCAACGUAUCCACACAGGGGAGAAGCCAUAUCAGUGCUCAGAGAGUGGGAAGAGCUUCACUCGCUCCUCCAGCCUGGCUGAGCACCAACGUAUCCACACAGGGGAGAAGCCAUAUCAGUGCUCAGAGAGUGGGAAGAGCUUCACUCGCUCCUCCAGCCUGGCUGAGCACCAACGUAUCCACACAGGGGAGAAGCCAUAUCAGUGCUCAGAGAGUGGGAAGAGCUUCACUCGCUCCUCCAGCCUGGCUGAGCACCAACGUAUCCACACAGGGGAGAAGCCAUAUCAGUGCUCAGAGAGUGGGAAGAGCUUCACUCGCUCCUCCAGCCUGGCUGAGCACCAACGUAUCCACACAGGGGAGAAGCCAUAUCAGUGCUCAGAGAGUGGGAAGAGCUUCACUCGCUCCUCCAGCCUGGCUGAGCACCAACGUAUCCACACAGGGGAGAAGCCACAUCAGUGCUCACAGUGUGGGAAGAACUUCAGUCACUCCUCCAGCCUGGCUCAGCACCAGCUGAUCCACACAGGGGAGAAGCCAUACGAAUGCUCAGAGUGUGGGAAGAGCUUCACUCACUCCUCCAGCCUGGCUCGGCACCAGCGUAUCCACACAGGGGAGAAGCCCCAUCAGUGCUCAGACUGUGGGAAGAGCUUCACUGACUCCUCCGACCUGGCUCUGCACCAGCGUAUCCACACAGGGGAGAAGCCACAUCAGUGCUCACAGUGUGGGAAGAGCUUCAAUCGCUCCUCCCACCUGGCUCGGCACCAUCGUAUCCACACAAGGGAGUAACCCCAUCAGUGCUUGGAGUGUGGGAAGAGCUUCACCCUCUCCUCCAUCCGGGCUAGUCACCAGUGUAUCCACAGAAUGGUAAAGCCAACCUCGUCAGAACUGAGGACCACCAGGUGCCAACUGCCCAUCCUGCCCUCCUUCCCUCCAUGCCAUUCUCUAUAGCAGCUUCCUUGGUAAUCAAGCCCAACAAUUUAAUGCGAUCCCCCUGUGGUGGAUCUCUACAUCCUCUCAAGACCUAUGAAAUGCAAUAGGAGAGGGAAAUGACGUGCAAGCUGUGACAUGUCCUGCCUCUUGUGCGGAAGGGUGGGGAAAGAAUGAAGGCAUCCUCUGGGUGAAAUGCUGCGUGUUGUAAUCUCCCUUUGGGAAUACUGAGGCUUCCCUCCUUGUGCAAAAGCCUUUUGACUCCAUGCGUAUCCUGUAGGAGCUCUUCCACAAGGUUCAUUACCCAUCCUGCAGAAAAGGCCCUGGUGAUUAAAGUGGGCAGUAUGCUGACUAUGAGCCAGCAGUGUACUCUUGUUGCCAAGAAGGCUAAUGGCAUACCCCAGU